AUGGAAAAUCAAACGUUUGUCAUUGAAUUUAUCAUCCUUGGGUUUUCCACUGGGGAAAACAUGCAAUUUUUCAUGUUUGGGAUCUUUUCUGUUAUCUACACAGUUUCACUGGUUGGAAAUACGCUUGUAUUUGUGGUAAUCUGUCACAACUCCCAGCUUCAUACCCCCAUGUAUUUCUUCCUCUGCCAUCUCUCCAUACUAGACAUCUGCUAUGCCUCCAGUAAUGUCCCCCACAUUUUGGGGAACCUCCUUCUCCAGAGGAAAACCAUCUCAUUUGUUGGUUGUGGGACUCAAAUAUACCUCUACAUGGCCUUAGCCCUAACUGAGUGUGUGUUGCUGGCAGUGAUGUCUUACGACCGCUAUGUGGCAAUAUGCCACCCCUUGCGAUACAAUGUCAUCAUGAACUGGAGAGUGUGUACCACCAUGGUGGCGUGUUCAUGGACCUGUGGGUUCCUGUUUGGUGCAAUACAAGUGGGUCUGACCCUGCGGUUGCCUUUCUGUGGCCUUAAUGAAGUAGACCACUUUUUCUGUGAACUCCUGGCUGUGUUAAAGCUAGCCUGUGCUGAUAUCACUAUCAACCAGACUGUGAUAUUUACUGCCUGCGUGUUAAUCCUGCUGUUCCCCUUCUUAUUAGUUAUUGUUUCCUAUCUGCACAUCCUGGCCACCAUCCUGCACAUCCACUCUGCUGCAGGACGGCGCAAAACUUUCUCUACUUGCAGCUCCCACCUGACCGUGGUGGGGCUUUACUAUGGAACGGCCAUCAUCAUGUACAUGGGACCCAUGACCAGCCACUCAGCUUUUCGAGAGAAAAUCCUCUUCCUCUUUUACAGCUUUAUCAACCCCAUGCUGAACCCCCUUAUAUACAGCCUGAGGAACGAACAGGUGAAAGGAGCCCUGGUGAAAAUUCUCAGGAGGGAGAGAUCCUUUCCUUCCACAUAA